CUUCCGCCCAAGUGGCGGAAACGACGUCAUUAAGCCGCACUAUGUUUACUAUCAGUAGCUACGCGCCAGUCGAAUGAGUAAAAUACGUUUACACAUUUAUUUAGCUAAGGAAAGAAAGUUGAAGUGAGUGCAGAUGGGGGAUUCCUCGGCAGCAUCGGGGACGUCGCUGAAUUCAAGCGGGCGGGGAGCUAAAGCAGCCUCCAGCCCCGCAGAGAACUACCAGCUGGCCCGGCGGCGGACCCUGCAGGUUGUUGUCAGCGCCCUGCUUACCGAGAGCGGCUUCGAGAGCGCCGAGAAGGCCGCCGUGGAGACGCUGACGGAGAUGAUGCAGAGCUACAUAACUGAAAUCGGUCGAAGUGCUAAAAUGUACUGUGAACACACAGCCAGGAGCGUCCCGACGUUGUCGGACACCGUGGUGACCCUCAUUGAAAUGGGUUUCAACGUCGACACGCUGCCUGUGUACGCCAAGCGAUCUCAGAGGAUGGUCAUAACCGCCCCUCCAGUGACGAACGCGCCGGUGACUCCUAAAUCUCUGUCUGCUGGACAAAAGCGGACGCAUCCGUCUCACAUUCCCGGCCACUUCCCGGAGUUCCCCGACCCUCACACCUACAUCAAAACACCCACAUUUCGAGAGCCUGUGUCGGACUACCAGGUAGUGAGAGAAAAAGCUGCCACCCAGAGGAGAGACGUGGAACGAGCACUGACCCGUUUCAUGGCCAAAACCGGAGAAACCCAAAGCCUCUUCAAAGAUGACAUCUCUGCCUUUCCCUUGAUCGCUGCCCGGCCGAGCACCAUCCCGUACCUCAAUGCCCUCCUUCCUUCAGAGCUGGAACUGCAGACUCUGGAGGAGACGGACUCGUCAGAGCAGGACGACCAGACAGACAGCGAGAACGCAGCAGGGAAUGUUAUCGCUGAUGAUCCGAGCGCCGACAAAGAGAACUCCGUGCUGCCCCCUGGUGGCGUCGUUCCAUCAACCAAGGCCAGCGAAGACAACGUGAUUGACAACCCGUAUCUCCGGCCCGUCAAGAAACCCAAAGUGAGGAGGAAGAAAUGACCUCGCUCUAAUGAUGAACUCUUGUUUGCUUCUUUUGUUGUGGUUCAGCGGUGAAGACGUUUUCUCUUCUCAGAGAUGAAACUUUAAAAACUUUUUUUUAAAAGUCUUUUUUAUGUUUUCUGUACACACCCACUUCAUAUUGGGAUUUGUAUGCAACAAAUGUUCCACGUCACCACCUCCCACUUUUUGUACAAAUGCAAAAAGCAAGUUUGUUUUUUUAUUAACUCUUACAGUAUCUCCUAGGUGAGGAUUUCUGCAGCUUCAGGCGAUUCAUCGCGGCAUCCAUGUUAUGAUGUGAUUUCAUGCCGCAGCUGUAGAGUUAAAAGUACAAACUCAGAUAGGCCAGUUUGCCCCUGUGCCUAACGAACCCAUAGUCGGUGGGUAUCUGAGGGGAGGAAAGAAAAACAGAAGCUGGCUUUCAGUUGCUGCGUGUAUAGUUUAUACAUCAACCUUUGUUGUUUUUGUUUCUUCAUUCAUAGUGUUGGAUUGUCUUUUAAAUACAAUGACUUGGCAAAGUAGUGGAGCUUUUUUUUCCUUCAAAGUUUGUUUUGUAAAACCUCAGAUCUCUUUGGAUUUUAUUUAAAUCCAAACAUAAAGUAACACAUUUGUAAAGUGGGAUCAAAAUGAUACUUGGUUUUUUAAAUAUUUUUAAAAUAAUGUGCAGUUUAGGGCUGCAACUACUGAAUAUUCUGACAAUAAACAGGAUUU